AACAGUUCACAAUAUUGAACGAUAGUGUUUUGUGGAUUUCACGGGAAAACAUAAAUAAGAAGACAAACCUGACGGCAGCUUGAAGUAUCAGCAAGAAAAGUCCUGGAAAGCAGCGACAAGAAGAGGAUCAAACUCUUAAAAGAAGCUACCACAGAGGUUAAAAUAUGGGUGACUUGAGCUGGAAUGAGUUUCUAAGUCAAGCUAAGCAGUUAUAUGACAUUUCGCAGGAGUUGGGAGAUGCUUGGAUACUUCAGGAAAAGGACUCCAACCCUCCCAACACAUUUCUUACGAUAAGUCAGAAAAUUAAGAGCCAAAAGGACCUUAUUAAUGUGGAGUAUCAUGUGGUCUACAGUGUUUCCUAUCAAGUUCCCAUGCUUUUCCUGCAAGCUCACCGAUCAGAUGGCAGCCUGUUAGACUUGGAUGCCGUAUGGCGACUGUUUAUGUCGGAAACAAAUUCAGAAGACCUCUAUCAAAUACUCACCCAAAUGGAUCACCCCGUUCUGUUCAGACCUUUCAUGGCUCUCCAUCCGUGCCGAACAGCCGAGGUUCUGAAACAGUUUGGAGAACCCAGUAAAAACCAAGUGCUCACCUUUAUAAGUCUAUAUGGUCCCAAGGUUCAAUUGCAUCUACAGAAUGCCUAUGGCCUGACCACAAAAUACACGUAAUUGGAUUUUAUUGGUGGUUGUUU